ACUUCUCACUGCGUCAGUGUGAGAGCCAGUGUUCCUGGCGGCGGCCCCUGAGCCAUGGAGACACCUCUGCAGACGGAGAUGGUGGAGCUGGUGCCCAACGGCAAACACUUGGAGGGGCUACUCCCAGUCGCCACCCCCACAGCUGGCAACCAGAGGGUCGAGGGCCCUGGGCGGAGCUGUGUUGAGGGCGAAGGCUUCCUACCAAAAAGCCCCAGCAAGGAGCCACACUUCACUGACUUCGAGGGGAAGACCUCUUUCGGGAUGUCCGUGUUCAACCUCAGCAACGCCAUCAUGGGCAGCGGCAUCCUGGGGCUCGCCUACGCCAUGGCCAACACGGGCAUCAUCCUUUUCCUCUUCCUGUUGACAGCCGUCGCCCUGCUCUCUAGCUACUCCAUCCACCUGCUACUCAAGUCCUCAGGGAUCGUGGGCAUCCGUGCCUAUGAGCAGCUGGGCUACCGUGCCUUUGGCACCCCAGGAAAGCUGGCGGCGGCCCUGGCCAUCACGCUGCAGAACGUCGGAGCCAUGUCCAGCUACCUGUACAUCAUCAAGUCCGAGCUGCCCCUUGUCAUACAGACCUUCCUGAACCUGGAGGAUCGGACCUCGGACUGGUACGUGAAUGGAAACUACCUGGUGAUCCUGGUCUCUGUCGUGGUCAUUCUCCCUCUGGCGGUGAUGCGGCAGCUUGGCUACCUAGGCUACGCCAGUGGCUUCUCUCUCAGCUGCAUGGUGUUCUUCCUAAUUGCAGUCAUCUACAAAAAGUUCCAUGUGCCCUGCCCGCUGUCCCCCAAUUUAGCCAACACGACAGGCAACUUCAGCCUCAUGGAGGCCAUCAAAGAAGAGGCAGGGCUGCAGGUCGAGACGGAGGCUGCAGCCUUCUGCACCCCAAGCUACUUCACACUCAACACACAGACGGCAUACACCAUCCCCAUCAUGGCCUUUGCCUUCGUCUGCCAUCCUGAGGUGCUGCCCAUCUAUACAGAGCUCAAGGACCCCUCCAAGAGGAAGAUGCAGCACAUCUCCAACCUGUCCAUGGCCGUCAUGUAUGUCAUGUACUUCCUGGCCGCCCUCUUCGGCUACCUCACCUUCUACGACGGGGUGGAGUCGGAACUGCUGCACACCUACAACAAGGUGGACCCGUUUGAUGUGCUGAUCCUGUGUGUGCGUGUGGCCGUGCUGACGGCAGUCACACUCACAGUGCCAAUCGUUCUGUUUCCGGUGCGCCGCGCCCUCCAGCAGAUGCUGUUUCAUGAUCGCGGGUUCAGCUGGUUGCGGCACGUGCUCAUUGCGGUUGGCCUCCUCACCUGUAUCAACCUGCUGGUCAUCUUUGCCCCCAACAUACUGGGUAUCUUUGGAGUCAUUGGUGCCACAUCUGCCCCAUGCCUCAUCUUCAUCUUCCCUGCCAUCUUCUACUUUCGUAUCAUGCCCACCGAGAAGGAACCUGCAAGGUCUACCCCCAAAAUCCUGGCCCUUUGUUUUGCUGCACUUGGCCUCUUGCUGAUGACCAUGAGCUUGAGCUUCAUCAUUAUUGACUGGGUCUCAGGGACCAGUCAGCAUGGAGGAAGCCACUAGGAUGACCCCCCCCCAUCCCGCUCUGUCUACUCAUCCUCGUACCCCUGCCUAGACUCUUCAGCCCCUGCUCCCAUCCAGUGGCCAGUCGGAGGGGAGGAGAAAGACGUGGUGAACACUUUGGCAUUUGGCUCUGCCCCACGUCCUCUCUGUCGAAGUUUUUGUUAGAGCCAGGACCAAGGCCCUUGGGCCAAUACCCUGCUGAGCUCCUGGGCUACAGGGGCUUCCUGAGCUGGGACCAGGGCAGGGCUGUACCCCUGCUCCCUUCCUGUUGCCUCAGAUCCCACCCAAGCCCCUUAUCCUCUUUGCACAGGUGCAUAGACUGAGGCCCAGCAGCUGCCCCCUAAGGUCACACAGCCUGUAGGGGCACAUAGAGCUGAAUCAGGCCUGCAGUCAUCCCCCUACCUUGCUGCUGGACUAUGGUCUGCACCCUGGGGCCUCAUCUCCCUCAGCCCACUUGUCUUUCCUCCUUCUGUCCCCUAGGCCCCUUUCAGGCACUUGGGCUCAGGCCCUUGGAUGAUCUAGUCCUCUUUUCCCAUCCCCUCCACCAGGAGCAGAACCCCCUCACCCUAUACCUGAAGCCAGAAGGUUGUUUUGAGGGUGAGGCUGGUGUGGGCACCACAAGGGACCCCUUCCCUGGCCCUUCACCAAUCUGGGGAGGCUGGGACUCCCCUCACCCCAAGUCCAGGCUGUAGCUCACAUUCCACUGCUGAGAGAAGAAAGAAGCUGGGGCCCAGAGCGUCUCUGCCCCUGGGAGCCAAAGACCCCAGGGGCCUGUCUGGGGCAGGGGUGGAGAGGCUGCCAGCCCCCUUUUAUAAAUGUUAUACAGCAGACCAGCUGUGCUUUAUAUUCUUGAUCUCCAUCGUCCCUGGGUUCCUGGAAAGUGGGGUGGGAGCCAGAACAUGGACGGCGAUGGAAGACCCUCUGCCUUUGUCCUUGGGAUAAGGGUGGGACAGGGUGAGUCCCCUACCCCACCCCGCCCCCUGCCUCCCAAACCAACCAGUGGCAUGCGGAGACCCAGCUCUGGGCCUGGGCCAGGCUCAGCACAGACCUGCUUUCUCACGGGGUGAGGUGGGGAGGAAUUAAUGAGGCCCCAGGAAAUGGGACAGAGAGAGGCCUCCGGAAGGAGGCAACGUGAGGUGCAUCCCCAGCAGCUUCAGGGAGGGUCUGAGCUGGGGGCGGCUGAGCCCUGCAGAAGCCCUGCAGAAGGGCCCCCUGCCCUCCCUGGCUGCCACGUCAACCCUCUAUCAAUGCCUUAAGUCUGGGGACAAAAGUCCAGGGAUCCUGAACCCUGUCAGGCUAAUCGUUUAUUACUAGUCAAACCUACUAUGAAUAAAGGUGGGUUAGUGAGUGCCUGUAUGUGGGGCCUGACUUUUGAGUGGGGGAGUCCAAGGCAGGGUAAGAGCUGCAAGGAUGCAGAGCAGCCCCCGGUGCCCUGCCCUGGGUGGGACUGGGAAGCUGACCAUUGCCUGGGGCAGGCCUGAAGCAGCUGGGACCUAGCAGGACGGAGCUGCCCAGGCCUUGGCAUCAAACCCUCAUUAGGAGAGACCCCGCACCCGGCUAGGCGGCCGGGGAAAGGGAAGCAGGAAAAAUCCAGUCUGAACUGGCAAGGCAGCUGCCGGCUUGAGAAACCCCUGAAGAAAGAACUUCCUCAAGCUGGUGGCUGCUAGGCCCAUGGCAGUGCCAGCGGAUCAGAGGGGGACUUCCUGAGUCUGGUUCUCAUCAGCCCCCGGCGCCUGACUCCAGCCUGGGGACUCACCCAGGAGUCCCGUGGCCCCAGAAAAAGAGCUGGACACUGGCCUAGAGGUGGCCGCAGCCCAGAGUGCCCCUGGCAUGCAGGGCUGCCCUCUGGGGGUCUUUGGCUUCUUCCUCAUCAGCUGGGGCCGUGGCCCUGCCUGAGACGCUUGGCUCCUAGGGAGUAGGAGGCAAUAAAGGGCAAGGUCCAUCCUGCUGACAGACCCUGAGGAUUUUUUCUCUUACUCCCUCCAUCCAAAGAAGGCUGCAGUUCAGAGCAGCAGCAGGACUGCCUUGAAUCUCUUAAGACCCCAGGCCUGGCUUCAGGCCUCUCAGACCAGGGGGAUGUGCUGACAUCCAACUCCCCCCCUCCGCCCCCGCCACAUACUCACACACUCACCCACAUAUACACCGCUGGGGUGGAGGAAGGACCCUGGGCCCUGGAAGCCAUCUCUGCCUGCCAAGCAAGUUCUCCUCCAGACUGAUCGUUGGGCAGCAGGCUCCAGGGGGAAGAGGGCAGGCAAUGUGGCCACUACACUAUAGAAAAAUCAAGUGCCCAUAAGACUGUUUGAAAAUGAGUGUCUCGAGACUUCCCCUGGUGGUCCAGUGAUUAAGAAUCCGCCUUCAGGGCUUCCCUCAUGGCACAGAGGUUAAGAAUCUGCCUUCCAAUGCAGGGGACAUGGGUUCAAGCCCUAGUCUGGGAAGAUCCCACAUGUCGCGGAGCAACUAAGCCUGUGUACCACAACUACUGAGCUCCCGUGCUACAACUACUGAAGCCCGCACACCUAGAGCCCAUGCUCCACAACAAGAGAAGCCACCACAAUGAGAAGCCCUCACACCACAAUGAAGAGUAGCCCCCACUCGCCGCAACUAGAGAAAGCCUGCACAUAGCAACGAAGACCCAAUGCAGCCAAAAACAAACAAAUAAAUAAAUAAAAUUAAAAAAAAAAAGAAUUCACCUUCAAAUGCAGGGGACACAGUUUCAAUCCCUGGUUGGGGAACUAAGAUCCCACAUGCCAUGGGGCAGCUAAGCCCACAUGCCACAACUACAGAGCCCACACACUCUGGAGCCUGCACACCACAACUACAGAGAAACCUUGGCUCCACAACUAGAGAAAAGCCUGCCUGAGCACCACAACAAAAAAAGAUCCCACUUGCCACAACUUAGACCUGAUGCAGCCAAAAAUAAAAAUAUUAAAAAAAAAAAAAAAAGAAAAGAGAAAA